UGACUCUGAUUGGACGGUGGUGGGGAGCUGGGCGGGGCCUAUCGUGUUCAUUCAGGCAGUAAAUGAUGGCUGACAGUGAAACAGCAGCAGCAGGAUGGCUUACAGCUUCACUCAGGAGUAUUUUCAGAUCCCUGUGGUGACCCGAGCGUACACGACUGCCUGCAUUCUAACCACCGCUGCCGUGCAACUGGAGGUUAUCAGCCCAUUUCAGCUCUAUUUUAACCCAGACCUCAUUAUCAGGAGAUACCAGAUAUGGCGUCUGAUAACCAGCUUCCUCUUCUUCGGUUCCCUUGGAUUCAGUUUUGUGUUCAAUAUCAUCUUUCUCUAUCGCUACUGCCGGAUGCUGGAGGAAGGCUGUUUCCGGGGGCGGACGGCAGAUUUCGUUUUUAUGUUCCUGUUCGGAGGAAUCGCUAUAACUCUGUUCGGCCUCUUUGCCAACAUCUUCUUCCUGGGCCAGGCCUUCAUCAUCAUGCUGGUGUACGUGUGGAGUAGAAGACACCCCCUCCUUCGCAUGAACUUCUUCGGCCUGCUGAACUUCCAGGCCCCGUUCCUGCCCUGGGUGCUGAUGGGAUUUUCGCUGCUGCUUGGAAACUCCAUCGUGGUCGACCUCCUGGGUAUCAGCGUGGGUCACCUGUACUACUUCCUGGAAGACGUGUUCCCAAACCAGCCAGGAGGGAGGAAGCUGCUGAUGACACCGGAGUUGCUACGGGCCAUGUUUGACCGGCGUGAGGACCCGGACUACCGUCCCCUGGAGGAGCAGCCGGACUAACAACCACAGACCUGCAGAAAGCCGGACGUCAACGGAAGACGAUCAAACUGUUUGUUACACAGUUUGGAAGAGAUUUUAUAAAACGUAUUCCUCAGGCGAGAAAACUUUUAGUUUGCUCUGAAAAACACUUGGAUUGGAGGCCGUGGUGGAGUGUUUUUCACUUUCACUGAUUUCACUGAUUUCACUGAUUUCAGAUCCACGUACAAUCAUUUCUUUAUGUUUUAAAAAGUGACUUUUUAUAUAUAUAAAAAGGUUUAAAGUGAAUAUUUGGUCUG